ACGAACCUUCACAGUGGAGAUGUGGUGUGGGCUAACCCACUUUUCCUUAGCUUGCGCGGUGUGCCAACUGCAUCGGUCCGGCGGGCGUUUGUUGCGGAAAAUCUGGCUGUUAAACCGUUGCCCACGCGACUAUAGAAGCGGGUUGAUGAAGCAUCUGUCGAUUCCAGAUAGACACCACACAUACCAAAGUCACAAUGGCAACACCAACAGCGGCAGUAGCAGAGGCAGUAACCCAACAGCUGCCGCGCAGAUUCGGCAACAAGCAAAUCUUCCUACCUAACCAUGUCAUUGCCUUCAUCCGUCCGAAGCCGAAGCAGCCGCCAAACCUAGCGACAUUCGUGGUGCCGCUCGAGUUCAACAAGCUGGAUCUGCGGGAUUAUCUCUACCACGCCUACAAUGUCGAGGUGACCUCGGUGCGUUCCUUUAUCAACCAGCCAGCGCCGAGGCAAAAGAACGGCAACAUCGGCAAGUGGUACCGGCCACGCUCGCAAAAGAUGAUGAUCGCCGAGCUCGUGAAGCCGUUCGUCUGGCCGGAUCCGCCUGAGGAGAAGGACCGGGAGCCGUUCGACUACAAGAUCUUCAAGAAGAUGGAGCACGAGCGGACGAAAAGUAUGGAGCGCCAUAUGGACCCUGCGAACAUCCCGCUGCGAACACAGACACCGACAGACGAGGUGCGGGCAGCGCUCAAGAAGCAGGCAAAGGAGUUUCUAGACUCAGGCGAGUGGUCGAAUGGGCGGAAAGGGGAUGACAAGUGGACGGAGGUGGAGACGGAUGUCCCAGUGUCAGAAGGGAAAGUAAUGAAUAAAGAAUAGAUGACGAUGGGGUUACGGCACAGAAAGGGGACUUUCAGUAGGGUGCUGCUGGUAGGAACUUUGGCAUAGUAGGAAGGAACCAGCCACGGUGGGAUGUAUCAUAGCAUGGAAUAGAGGUGUGGACACGGGUGGACAAUUGUGUGUACAAUAUCGAGGCG